AGGGGGGAGAGAGUUCAGACCCAGACUUGCACAAGCCACCAAUACCCUCUCACUAUAUCCAAAAUAUUAUUUCACAAUAUAUAAGUUUUGAUUCUGUCCCUCCAACCCCUAAGAAGAUAGAGGGGAGAGUUCAGACCCAGACUUUCCUUACUUUAUGCAAGACUUACCAGACUUUAUGCAAGACUUUCCAGACUUUAUGCAAGACUUUCCAGGCUUUAUGCAAGACUUUCCAGACUUUAUGCAAGACUUUCCAGUCCAGACUUUAUGCAAGACUUUCCAGACUUUAUGCAAGACUUUCCAG